GAAUUUACUUAUAAAAUAGUUACAAUAAAUCCUUUGAUUUAUAUUUUGACAUGUGAAUGUAAGUUCUCUCUCUGGACAGACAGCACAUCUACUAUGGAUUUCUCUGGCCAAUAUGAGCUCCAAAGCCAGGAGAAUGCUGUACCAUUCAUGAAGGCCAUGGGACUCUCAGAUGAGAUGAUUGGGAAAGUCAAGGACCUCAAAAGUACAACUAAAAUUGUCCAAACUGGACAAGAUAUCCUAGUUGCCAUCCAUACUGGCAGUCAAGUCCUUGUCAAUGAAUUUACCCUUGGGAAAGAGAUGAAUAUGGAAACUCCAACAGGAGACACAGUCAAGGCUAUGAUGAAACUCGAAGGUGACAAUAAACUAGUUGUCACCACAGCAGCCAUUACUUCUGUUGCAGAAUUAGUUGAGGAUCGGCUGAUUAAUACAAUAACUUUUCAAGGCAUCGUUUACAAGAGAAUAAGCAAGAAGGUUAUAGACCCUGUUUCAGAGAAUGGCCAAUAGCUUAUUACCAAGGGGUGGGGUGGGUGGGUUGGAGAAGAAAAGAAAGAUGCCAAUAUUGUAAUAAAUAAAGUGUUAAAUCCACUUAUUGCACGAUGUGAUUAUUUCAGUAGUAGGCUGAUAAAAUCUACAUUACGUGCAUGAUCUGACCUUUACUUGUUUGGGUUGGAGGGCUUGCAGUUGUCCCAAUGCCCUUGAUGGGCUUCUUAUAUUGAUGUGCCCCUCCAUGGUGGGAUGGGUCACACAAUGGCUGACUUCCAUUGAACUAUAGGAAAGUCCACAGUAUAGAAAGAAGUCAUUUGACCCAUAACAAAAACAGAAGUUGCUGGGAACACUCAGCAGGUCAGGCAGCAU